UGUUUAAAACCACUCAAAAUCAAAGAGAGCUCAUUUUGUUUCUUCUCUCGCCACAACACAAAAUUCACAAAGACAAGAUACAAAAUCGUUUCUCAUACAUUCCGUGAGAAGCUAGAAAGAAUCAGGAAACCCCUAUUAAUCAUCCAAAGUUCAUGGCUUUUCUUUUACCAAACCUCUCCCCUUCUCUCCUUAUCAAUUCCAAAUCCUUCAAAGAUAGGGAGAAACCAGUCUUGUACCAAACCCCAACUUUACCCUCUCAUUAUCAAACCACCACCACCACAACAUCAACAACAACUAAAAAACCCACCAAUACUAACUCUUCCAUGCCCCCUCCACUGCAGGUUAAGACUCCACCGGGUGCACAGGAUAAGGAGCAGCACCAAAGAGAUGAGUUUUAUGUAAACCUUGGCCUAGCUGUGCGGACACUCCGUGAGGAUUUGCCUUUUUUAUUCACAGAAGACCUCAAUUACGACAUCUAUAGGGAUGAUAUCACAUUUAUAGACCCUCUGAAUACUUUCACUGGAAUUGACAACUAUAAAUUGAUCUUUUGGGCAUUGAGAUUUCAUGGUAAAAUGUUGUUUAGAGAGAUUUCACUCGAGGUUUAUAGGAUUUGGCAACCCUCAGAGAAUGUGAUAUUGAUUAGAUGGAACUUAAAGGGUGUUCCUAGGGUCCCAUGGGAGGCCAAGGGAGAGUUUCAGGGCACUUCAAGGUAUAAAUUGGAUAGAAAUGGAAAAAUUUAUGAACAUAAAGUGGAUAAUCUGGCCUUCAAUUUUCCUCAGCAGCUCAAACCUGCUGCUUCUGUAUUGGAUUUGGUGGCUGCUUGCCCUGCUAGUCCUAAUCCAACGUUUUUGUGGGGACCUGCGGACGUCUACUCAUCUUCAUGGGUGGAAUUCUAUCGUGCAGUUAGAGAGACUUUGGACCGGGAGAACAGUACAAAUUGCUUUUGCAAGAUGGCUACCUGUUCAUAGUUAGUGAGGUACUUAUAAUAUGAUGUAUAUCAAGAAUUUUGAUUCCUCAAAAAAUAUGUAUUAUUAGUGCAUUAUAUAAUUAAUGAUAUAUUGAAAGACAACAAGUAAUGGAUUUUGUUGAAGGAUAAGGUGUAUGUGCACGGGCCAGGAUGCUGGAGAGUUCAAUGUGCUUAUGCUUCAGUGAAGGUAGAGAAGCUUAGACAUGUUUAAUAACUCAUACAGAUCUGAUUUGUAUGUAUACAAAGUCUUUAGUCAGUAUGUUAAUAAUAGAGCUUGUUUUGCAAUAA